AUGCGCCUGCGGCCGCUGCCCCUCGUCGUGGUCCCCGGCUUGCUGCAGCUGUUAUUUUGUGACAGUAAAAAAGUGGUGCAUGCCACAGAGGGGCUGGAUUGGGAAGACAAAGAUGCUCCAGGGACAUUGGUUGGAAACGUGGUACACUCAAGGAUCAUCAAUCCUCUGCGCCUGUUUAUUAAACAGUCUCCAGUCCCAAAGCCCGGACACUUGGCAUAUGCGGACAGCAUGGAACACUUCUGGGAUUGGCUGGCCAACAUCACGGAGGUUCAGGAACCAUUGACAAGAACUAAACGGAGGCCAAUAGUAAAAACGGGAAAAUUUAAAAAAAUGUUUGGAUGGGGUGACUUCCAUUCCAACAUUAAAACUGUCAAACUCAACCUCCUAAUCACGGGGAAAAUUGUUGACCAUGGCAAUGGAACCUUCAGUGUUUAUUUCCGACAUAAUUCCACAGGCCUGGGCAAUGUUUCAGUUAGUUUGGUACCCCCCUCCAAAGUCGUGGAAUUUGAAGUUUCCCCGCAGUCUACUUUGGAGACCAAGGAAUCCAAAUCUUUCAAUUGUCGCAUUGAGUAUGAAAAAACAGAUCGGGCAAAGAAGACUGCCCUGUGCAACUUUGACCCGUCGAAGAUCUGCUACCAGGAGCAGACUCAGAGCCAUGUGUCUUGGCUGUGCUCCAAGCCCUUCAAGGUCAUUUGCAUUUACAUUGCCUUUUACAGUGUUGAUUAUAAACUUGUGCAAAAGGUCUGUCCUGACUACAAUUACCAUAGUGAGACUCCAUACUUAUCUUCUGGCUGAGUCUUUCCAAUGAUAGAAAUGAGGGAUGAAUAUAUAU